AUGGACAGUUCUUCAGAUAACAUUAAGGAAGACUCAAACUUAGAUUCCGAGGAUUAUGAUAGUGAACUUGAUCAAAAGAAGGAGUCAAAAUACAAUAAAGCUACCAGCAAUGACCGCUUAUCAUCGAAUGUAUUCUCCAAACAGUCCAUAGCCUCACCAAAGACAAAUCUUACUUCAGUUAAUAAUAACUUACACCCAAUUUAUGGGGACGAAAAGAAGGUCACCUACUCAAGCAGCAGACGGAAACUGAACAUUAACUGGGAUAGGACGAAUCUUAAUAAAAUAAACGAGAUGGCUGAGAUAAAUCACCUGAAGAAGCCAUCUGAAGAGACCAAAGGGACGACAACUUCCAAUAAUAAAUCCAAAAACAAGAUUUCUGAACGGAGAGAGGAGGAGGAAGAGAGCUCUCUUCUGUCAAAAGGUCUCUCACAGAAGAAGAAUGAUGAUGAUAUCAUCGGUAAAAUAGAACUCCUUGACAAGGUCGAUGAAGAGCCCUCAAAAAUGACUCAUACUGUUGAUAAGUCCUCGAUGAGUGCAUCUCAUAUCUUCUGAUUUGUGGUUAUCUGAAUCACUAAUAUCCUUGUUAAUGUAGACCAUGGAUGAAUACCUGCAUGCACAGUUACGAUAAAGAAGGACCUUGGCCUUGACAAUGCAUCUCUUGGGCUACUGGGCUCUGCAGUGUAUUGAGGACUUUUAGCAGGCUCUUUUACUUCUCCUCCUACAUUUCACCAUUUCUGAGUGAAGAACAUUAUCCUUGUUUGUAUUCUGUUUAAUAUGGUAUGACUUAUUGGCUUCACACUUGUUAGAGACUUCUUCGUUCUCUCAGUUUUCCGGUUCGGAGUAGGCUUCUUCCAAGUCUUCUUAUGAAUAUAUUUCCCUGUUUGGGUAGAUCUUUUUGCGUAUGAAAAGUAUAAAACAAUUUGGUUAACAAUUCUUCAAAGCUCAGUACCUCUUGGGGUAGUCCUUGGAUAUGGAAUCACAGCUAUCUUUGAUCAAGAAUUUAAGGCAUGGAGAUACAGCUAUUAUACCCAAGCUGGCAUGUACUUCUUACUCUUUUUCACCUUCUUAUGAAUCCCUAGAGAAUAUAUUGAAGAAAUCGAAAACGAGAAAACUGAAAAGAAUACCCAAGAAUCUCAAAAUAAUGAUAACCCAAGGGUGAUUAAGGAAGAGAUCUCAGGACUUGAAGAUGAGUUCUCUGAGCAGUUCCCAGAGGAUGACAGUGGAUACAGUUGUGAGAUGUCUUCUAAGAUUGAUAUUUCAGGUAUACACCAUAGGUUUGAUUAGGACUCCUCUAUUUUGUAUAAAUCAUUUUCU